AAUAGACAAAAUGCGUGCGAAUAGCAUCAUAUAUUCCCAGAUAAAUGAUAACCUUCGCACACAUAGAUAUCAUAAUUAAUCCGUAAAAUUUGCAAACUAAGCCUGCUUGGAAAUAUUUGGCAUAAUAACACAAUUCCUCAACAAACCUUUUCUUGAAUUUCUUUGCAAAUUUAUGAUGGUCUCCUUGUCGGUGCAACUUAUCUUCAUAGUCCUUUUAGUGGCUUUCAAUAUUGAAUAUGGGAGUCAAAAACAGAUUAUUGAUCUAACGUGGGACUUCGAAGAAAAAAGUAUAUAUUGGCCGGGUGCCUUACAGUUCAACUUCACCAAAAAGAUUGCAUCAUCUCGAAGGGGAUUCUGGUACGCCUCUAAUGAGUUUCAAGCUGCUGAACACGGAGGAACCCAUUUGGAUGCGCCAUAUCAUUUCGACAAAGAGGGCUGGAAGGUUUCUGACAUACCAAUCCAAAGAUUUUUCGCAAAUGCUAUCAUGGUGGAUUUAAGCGCUAAAGUUGAAACAGGAGGUCCAGACUACACAGUAGAUAAGAAGUUACUUGAAGAUAAACUAAAAGCCUUUGAACCAAUCCAGAACAAUACAGUGUUGUUGAUCAAAUAUGGAUGGUCUAAAUAUUGGCCGGAUAAAGCAAAAUAUUUGAGGCCAGAUGACGAAGGACUUCACUUUCCAGGUUUAAGUAACAACUCUGCCACCUUGAUUGCUAACGAUGGAAGGUUCGUUGGCAUAGCUGUCGACACAGCAAGUGGAGAUGCGGGGUAUUCUAAGAAUUUCGAAGUACACAGGAUUCUAUUGGGAAAAAGAUUAUAUAUUUUAGAAAAUACAAAAAUGACAGAAAAUAUUCCAGAUAAAACGUUCUCUUUGGUGGUGGCCCCCAUGAAGCUAAUGGAAGGAACAGGAGCGCCGGUUAGAAUUUUCGCCGUUAUAAAUUAGAGAAAAAAAAACAAAAAUAGAAUGAUCUGUCAAUAGAAGUCACAUUAUGCUU